CUCUGAGAUUGGCUCAAACUAUACGUAUAGAAUUUUGCCAUAACACUUCACCGAACAUGUGUGUCUCCGGUAAAAAGAAGAACAAUGUAUCAAAAUCCAGAGUUUAUUUGAUUUAAAUUACCGGCACGGCAGCACUCUUCACAAACAAUUUCGUUUUAUUGAGUCCCAGAAAAUCUUCAUAAACUUCGAUAUGGUUUUUUUUUCUUCAUUCGUUUGUUUUUGUGUAUGUGCUAGGUGGGGGGGAGGAAAUACAUUUCUGAAUGAUAUUCAUUUUAUUUAAAUGUGCCCUUCGGAUGGGUCAUCGUGAUUAAUCAUUGUUAAACUUGGACCGAAUUCCAUGUGCACGAAUGAGAGAGACAAAGAAAUUCGGAUGCUCAUGUGUUUCUUUGCGGAUUUCAAAAGAGUCCGAGUUAAAAGUGAAACCUCUACGGUAUUAUCUACUUGACUUGUAUGCAUGCGGUUUGUACACGCUUGAACAGUUGAGUGGAUAAAGGAUGAAUUGUUCGGAAACAUCCCGUUCCACAUCAGACACAAACUUUUGACCAUACCCAAAAAUAUUUCCGAUGCGAUUUUGAGAAGAUUUUCAUGCUAUCUCCUCCGAAAAUUACCAUUCGAAAAAUUGAAAGUUGAAACUAAAAUAACAAUAACAACAAUUAAGACCUGAUUGUUGUUGCCCCUCUUCAUUCACAAACAUACACCUCGCCAAGAUCGAGAUUAUCCGAUUAAAAAUUUAAAACACUCUUUAUUCCAAUUAGUAUUUUUGUUCCCUUUUCACUAUUUUUAAAUCACAUAAAAUACGGUUGAAUAAGCGAGUCAGAAUAUCCACCAGGUUUAAAAAAUUGCAAAAUUCAUACUUCGGCUCGAUUUAAUCGAAAAAUUGCAUUUAUUUUACCAUUGAAAUAUUCAAAAUUUGACAAAUGAAUCAGGUUUAAUCUAAAUUGGUCAUGAAAUUCUGAAUAAAUUGAAAAAUGACGAAACGAACAUCGGAAAUAGAAAAAAAUUGAUAUGAAUAAGGUUGAAAAAAGGAAACUGAUACGAAUAAAGAUGAGCCACAUUUUGAUUGAGCAAAUUAAUUCAAUUUUUCACUUGUGUUAUCAUUCAUUUAGCUGAUGUUUUCCUUUCUUCUUUUAAAAUAUUGUGCCGAACUUGGAAAAUGAUUUUCUUCUCAAAUCGUCGAUGAUUUGAAAGGAAAAUAUAUGUGAUAAAAUCGUAGACAAAGUGUCGUGGUGAGAAGACAUUUAAGGUACUUCAAAGAUUUAAUUAAAAGUAAUUAGAUACAAUUAAUGGCUGAAGAAACUAGCUCGAUGAAAUUUCCAUCGCGAAGUGUUUUUCCGGGGUAUUGACAUGCUUUGAAAUUGUGACGCAUACAAUGGAUUCACUUUUACUCUUUCUCUCUCUCUCUCACUCUCUCUCACUCUCUCUCUCACACACACCCGCUCACUUACUCCAACCGAUACAUUUACGCAAUUGAUUUAGGCUUGAAAAUGAUGUCGUCGAUUGACAAGGCAAAUUGACCUUUGAUGUGGAUUCCUAAAUAAAAUGUACUUCUUUAUUCAAUUAGGUGCGUACGUAGAGACGAAGGCACAACAAAAUGGAAAGCGAUAUUGAACAUGAAGUGGAAACAUUAAAUAUAAACGUAAAAGAAUGAAAGAGAGAACUAAAUCAAUUGAAAUCGAAGCAAGAAAAAGAAAUUUUCCUAAAUUGUGACAUUUAGACUUUGUUUUUGUUGUUGUUGAAUCAGUUAUUUUGAGCGAGAAGUUCAAAUACGAUUCUUUUUAUAGAAGUUAUGAAUGAACUUAGAUGGAAUGUAAUGUGAAUAUUAAAUGUGACAGUUAAAAAUAGCCGCAAACGAAUGUGAGUGUCUAAAUUGAGUAUGCAAUGGACUAAAAGUGUUUGUAGAGAACUUUGAAAAUUCAUUUGUUUUCCCUUUAUUUAUUGCCCGGUCGACCUGAAUAAUUUCUAACUUAUAACGCAUGUGGCAGAAAAUCCUUAGAAAAGCUACUGGUUAAAAAGGGAACAUGUUGGAACUGAUGCAUUUAUUUAUAAUGGUGUUUUCAAAUAGCAUCUCAAAAGCGGCUUUUUGAAUGUAUUUUCAUGUUUUCAUUCCAUAUCGAUGACGUUAUAUUUUUUUCGAUUUCUUUCGUAUCUUUUAUUAUUUUGUGACAAAGAUAUGCUUGCACAGAUAUACAAAUCCGAAAUAAUAACCAAUCGUUUUGGUCGAUUCCAGUGACAUUCUACUUGCCAAGCAAAUGGCGUAUUCAAUAAAAAUUUCUAAGGAAAAUACGGUAUAUUUAUUUCGAUAAAAAAGACGGGUCACGUGUUUCGAUUUGAAUCAUUUUAUUAUUUUGGCGCUGCUUGCUUUGAAUAGUUUCGCCAACGCUUCUCUGUACAAUAUGGAGUGCAGGUAGCGCCUCUUCAAAUCAUCGAUACAAAGAAGUUGUACAGUUGUUUGUUCUUGUCUUUAAGAAAAUUCACGUGUUCUUUUCCGUUGGCACGUGUACUGUCGCUUUAUUAUUAUGUUAAUGUUUUGUGUGCCCACCCACAAACAUUCGGGAAAACUUUUAGCCCAUUGGAUUCAAAUCAACCACUCUCAAAUCAUUGGCGAGACACACGAACACGCACAACAGAAAUCAACUUAUUUUAUUUCAAGUGUUUGUUUGUCUCUUUCCGUUCUUUAUUCGAUGAUAAGCAUUUCCAAAGUAAGUUCGUGACUCGUAGGUCGAGUUCCGUGGUUACAAGAUAAGUAGCCGUGUUUAACCGUAUUAAAAUGCUAAAAUUACACUCAAAUUUAUGCAUAAUAUUGACAAAGUGUGAAAAGAAAAGUGAAAAUUGAAUUUGUGCCAUUUUCACAUGGACGAAAUCAGGAAAAAUGCUGCAACCCAAAUGAAUAAAUGAUACGGUUUUGCGAACGGCCCGUUCCGUUAGCCAUGAAAUAAUGAAAAUAUAUUGAAGUUGAUAAAGAAAAAUAUGCAUACCAUGAAAAUUAUGGUUUAAAGGAAAAUAAUUAUUUGAUUGCCAUCCAAUAGAAUGGAUAGGUCCGUAUACGAACGAAAUGGGCCAUUUCAAAACACUGGGUGUUCAAAACCGUUUUGCCUCUUUUUACGUAAGCCACUCGGACAAAAUGUUCGGAGCAUUUGCUGAUUUUGAUGUAAGCGAUGUCAUUGUUUAACUUUUUCAAAUGGUUCACAUCACUUCCAGAUGCUAUUUUCCCUCGGUUUAUCAACGCCGGGUGCCGUGUGUAUGCCGUGAAAGUUAUGAAACAACAAACUAAUCAUAUUGCAUUUCACAUACAAUUUAAUAUAUUGUAUAUAAAUAUGUCGACCUGAAGUAAAAACACACACUCACAUACAUUGAGACUAACACGUGAUCCAUCUCGAAUGCACUGAAAAUCGUUCGAACCGAGUUUCGUUUCCUGGGCGAAAGAAUUCCGAGGAAAGACAUAUAUAUUUUAAACCACAUUAUUCGAAACAGUUCCACUCAAUUUCCGAUGUUCCGUUGAAUGUUCUCCAUCGGAUAGGAGAUGUUUAAACAGUCAUUGCGGUACAGUGAAGAGAAAAUUCAAUUUUCGAUAAAUUUCAUAUUAGAAGAAAAAAAACUUAUAACGAGUUACUGUUCUGCCUCGGCAUCGUCAUAGUCAUAGUCGUCGUCGUCGUGCUCAAGCGGCUGCAAAAGUAAUUUACGUCAAAAUUGCCGAAAAUCCGUCUAGUUCAAUAAAAUAUGCCCGUCAAAAGAGCGCAUCAUAUCUCCAUUUGUAUCCUUUUCUCAUCUUUUUCUUCUUCAUACAUAUCAAUUUUAUUGCUUCGUCUAUGUAAUAAUCGGAUUUGCAGCGACAGCCCAAUGUUGUUUUAAUGCUCAAUAAAUUUUCAAACGGAAAAUCCAAACAAUAUUGACAGAUUUGACAUUUAUCGAAUCCAUAACCGAAAUCAAUUGCAUAAGUAAAAAACACCUUGAUUUACAGCAUCAAUCGGAACCAAGUAGCCCAGAAUGCAUCUGUAAUCAAUUCAUUCUUUUACAAUUGUCAGAACAAAAUCAAAAACAUACCAAAUUGAUCGAAUCAAUUAAAUUUUCAAUCAAAAAACUUUUGCCGCCUAGAGAAUCCAAUUCCAAAGAGCCAACUCCUUGUUCGGUUCGGUAAUAUUAAAAAAGUUUCCAAUCCAACAACACCCAUCCGAAAACCACUUACACACAUACGGGUCUGGCAUUGAAUAUUGAAUAUGAAUUCAGUAGUGUGCAAUUUAUCUAAUCUAAUUGGUCUAAUAAAAUAACAUAUCUUGCAGUUAUCAUUUUUUUUCUAAACAUAAAGCACCCAUUUGAAAGACGAACAUGCUAGAUUCGCUUUCGUAAUGCCUCUUUAUUUGAGUGAUUUGAUCCAUUUUUUAUGCGAAACAUAUUGAAAUUGUCAUUUUGAUUAAUCGAUUUGAUCUGUCGUUCGUGUAUGAGUUUCCAGGGUCCCAUUCAGAUAUUCAUUCGAUUCGAAAUUCGUUUUGAAUUGCAUUAAACGGCGUAUUUUCAAUAUCAAAUGCGAUUUAAUAUCAAUUCUCGUUCAAAAUCAAGUUAUGCACACGUUAUGUCGUGAAAAUAGAUGAAUAUUUAUUAUGAGUUCAAACAUUUAUGCCGUGCAAACAUGGGAUAGUGGUGGCUUCAGUUUUACGGUGCGUGUAGCAUUUAAAAAUCCAACACAUUCGUCUAGCCAUUUUCGGAAGAGAAGAUCUUCAUUUUACCCUUCAGUUUUUAUCUAAGCAAAUUCUAAAGUUCAUUUUCAAAAUUCGGACCUCAUCUGCCAAAAAAAAAUAUCUUAUCCAUCUAGGAUUUUCAAGCCUUCUCUCGCUUUCUAAUGUCAAUUCAUUGGCAAUGAAUUCAUUUCUCGUAUUCAUAAUUGGAUUUUCAACCAAAUCAAAAAAGAAACAAAUCCCGUUAAAAAAUUAACCACAGAUUCAAUAUUUCAACUUAACAUUCGAAAUGGCAAAAUCCGUCUUUGGAAUAAAAAAAAACCAACUCUUUAAAAAUAAACGUUUCAAUUUCGCGAAUAAUGUCCGACAUGAAUGAGUAUGAAAUCCUCGACGGAGAAUAAAAUUUGGUUGAUUGAAGUCGUGAUGUUGUGAAAUGUGUUUUUAUUUGGAUUUUGUUUUGGUUUUCUCCAUUGAAUUGGUAACGGUUGCCACUUUUAACAAUGUAAUUUGAUUAACACACAUUUUUCGGAAGGUGGAAGAAUCGCAAUAAAUAUGCCAAGCGUUUUUGGUUUCCUUUAGGCGGAGGUGUAUGCUUUCCACCCGCUUGCUACAUCUUUGUUGUGUACGUGUGAGAUAGACGGAGGGAGAGAGUUCCUGAAUUAUAUGCGAUAAUAGCAACAACAACUAAAAUAUCGAAUAAAAGCCCAGUAACACACACACACACACACACACACACACAACGAGUUAACAAUGUACAAUGGAAACAAAUGUAAUUUGAUAACAAUCGACCACAUUAAUUCGAUAUCACUGAAAUGGAUUGCAACCGCACACAGCAUGAACGAAGAGUAGAAUGAGAAAAAUGGGAAAAUGCACCACGGUCGACCAAAUGAGAGUACAUUUUAUAUUUUUGGAGCCGAAAAUGAGUGAUGGUGAUGAUGAUGACGUUGUAGUUUCAAAUAUUGUUUUCACCGUAUUUUUCGGAAUGGUUUUUGACAGCAUUGCCCGGAUGUGGCAGUAACAGCAGUGGUGGCGACUGGCGAACGAGUCUCACAACACCGUCCGAAAUAUAAAUCGGAGUGGAAACGAUGCAUGCCGCCCAGAAUUCCUGGUGUUCUCCUCACUAAUGCGAUCGGCCCGGUUCGCGUAUCAACAUCAAAAUGCAUUUAUAAGUUAUGGCCGCUUCAUAAAGGCGUUGGGUUGCUUUUAUGUACACAAAAAAUACAACUGACUAUGAGACAGCAGAAAACAAAACGAGGAAAAGAGCAAAAGAAUUGAGAUAAAAGUGUUGUGUUUGACUUGAAGGCAUAUUGCGAUAGUGCAGCAAAUAAACAACGGUAAGCUUCUGGACACUUGUCUUCUGUACCUUUGUCCAAACCAAGUGAACAAUCAACAAAACAAGGCUGGCGAACCUGGUUCAACCGUUUUUAACUGGCGGAAAUUAAUUUAGACUUUGCUUUUGAAGUAAGGCUAAUCACUAUAUCACACUAAAAAGACUCAUUUCAGAUGACUCAUUAUGAAUAACCGGAUGUUUUGCAAAGCAACGGAAAGAAAACAAUUAGAUUAAUUACAACGAGAGAAAGUAGAAAAAUGAUACAAGUUUCUGCAGCAGGUACAUUGUCUAUCAUUGUAAUCAGGCCAACUGUCAGUCAACAUUCAAUUUUUACUAUUUAUGAGUGAAAUCAAUUAGAUUUUCCACUUUGAAAACUAACAAAAAUAUUACUCAUCCGGUAUGCAACGCAACGAUCGCCACGGAAGUGAUACCAUCUUUGUUGUGUGUACCAAGUUUUUAUCAACAACAAUAGCCAACCACCAGAAGUUGGUGAUUCAAUUUGUUUAUGUAAAAAUGCACUGCAAACGAAAAUCAACUUAUUCGUAUCGUAUUUGAAACGAAUGUCUGGAAAAGAAAUGAGAUGUGCAGCAUAUUUGUCUGCUCUGUUUAUCAUAAGCUCACACUUUACUGUGAACUAAUUCAUUUGUGUUGGUUACACCGAGAGAAGAAAACGCCCGAACGUAUGCAACACUCUUUUUUUUGUUUAAUAUGUGGAAAGCUUUUUAUACUCGGAUGUUGCAAGACACACACAUUCUCACUGCCCCCAAAGAUAAUUUGUUGUAAGAUAAUCGCUGUUUGGUUUUUGUUUUUGUUAGAAAAAAAAACGAAAUCGGACAAAACAAUAAAAUACCAUAUUACCACGUCGAAGUGACGACGCAAACAUUCGAGACAAAUGGCAAAUGCGCGCCAUUUGAUACCACCAAACCGAAUAAUUGUGUUUUUAGUCCGAAAUGGUGUAUGAAGGGACGAACAAGAGAGAAGUUAAUGGAAAAAGCGUAAAUAUUUUCUCGUAACAUUGUUAAAUUGUGUUGGAUCCUUCUAUUCGUUUAUAUAUCUCUCUCUGUGUCGUUGCAAAGUAUCGAAUUUCGAUUGCAUUAUUCGGAAGUCUUAAAAAUGGUUUAGUCAAAACAUUGAUAUGGAAUCCGCAAAUGUGUUGUGCAUCUUGCUGCCGAAUGGAUGCGUCAAUUUUCGCAAUUACGUAUCGCAAUUGAAUUUUUCAAUGCAAAAUUUAUUUGAAAACUCGUUAAAUGAAGAUGAUGUUCCACAUUUAACUGAUAUGCCUCCUUCAAUCCUUCCUCACCUAGAACACAAAAAAGCAGGUCCAUCAAGAAAAUUAAAUUCACAUUUUCGUUGUUACUGUUGUUGUCCAUAGUUGUUCACUAAAAUUUUCUACAUUUCGAAAAACAAACUUUCGAAACCCUUCAUAUCGUCCGUACUCAAUAUUUCGGCCAAACUUUUGUUGAGAGUUGUUAUUUUGUGGAUUGUUUUUGUUAAACUUUUUGUUCGUGUGUAAAACACGGAUUUCUCUGUGGCCCAUUCUCUCUCUCUCUCUCUCUCUCUCUCUAUCUCUGCCCAUUCCCUCUUCACAUGUACACCUGUUAGCCAUGCUCUAUACCCUAUCUAUCUAAUGGACCAUCGUUUGUCUUUUGCUUGAAAAUCCGGCGGGAAUUUAUCGGAAUUCAAAAUGCCUCGAAAAAAUGUAAAUCUUGAUGCGCUAGUAAUCGAAACCAAAUACACCAAUGAGCUUACUAAAAAAAAUAACAGCUUUUGUUUCCAAUAUCCAAGUUGUUGUUGUUUGUAUGUGAAGCUUUAAACCGGUCGUUCAAAUUAAAAUGACGCCAAAUUUCCUAUUCAAAUACAAAUAAUCUAGAAGUUUCUAAUUAAUUCGAAACAAGCAUUCAUGCUGCUUUCAAUCAAUCAGGUGCAACCGAUCGAUUGACAACUAAAAAAACCCCCAGCAUGUUCUAUGGCGAGAGAGAAACAAAAAGAAAUAUGUAAUUUGGUUUUUCCACCCACUGAGAGCAGCUAUGUCCAUCAAAAUGCAUUUGUUCUAAAACAAUCUAGUUCAAUCUCUGUGCAUUUUUUUGUCUCUUUAUCUUAUUUAUUUAAGCAAGCGUACGUUAAAUUAUCCACUAUUGCUGAUCAGAUUGAUAUUUAAAAAAAAAAAAUCGUCGAUGGGCACAGAAUGGCAGCUCGCAUCAAUUCGAUAUGGUUGCAGUGAUAAGAGUGAUUCCCUUGAGCCACAACAUAUUGUAGGAGUUAGUUGUGUGCCUUUGAUAUCACAACUGAAUGACAAACAUUUGUAAACGAGAACGACAAACGACUGUAUUUUUCCGCCUCUUUUUCAAAUUUCACUCGAAAUUACGCUUGCAAUUAUUUUGUAUAAAAUGUUGCAUUGAUCUUCUGAAAACUAAUUGAAUUUUGUAAUCUUGUCAAAAGUAACGGGCCUUUUUUGUUAUCCAAACCAAAUCGGAUAGAACAGAGAAAAAAAUAUACCCAUUCAUGCACUAAACUCACUCCAUUUUUUUUUUGCUCGAUCGCCAGCUUAUUUACAUAUUCAUUAAAUAAUUGAAUUUAAAAGUGGCUCGUCGAAGCGCAGUUUGAAUUUAGUGUGACUGUGUUUGAUGUGUAUAAAAGGUUAAAAUUGGUAAUUGAAUUGAUUGGAACGAAAAUCAGAGAGGCUACAAAUACAACACACGCAUUCACACAUAUACACACAAAUGCAUGGCGGGGUAUAGACACAGAAAAUUGAAUCUAUCGCUACUACACACACACACACACACACACACACACACAUAAAUAGCGUCUAUUAAUAGAGCUAAUGAUUUAAUUAGUCGCAUCUGGUGGCGAUUGAAAACAUUCUUGCACUAGAUCACCCAGACAACCGUCACAUCAGCUAAUCGAGCAUUAGUCACUCGGGCUUGUACUGUAUUUCGCAUAUAAACAUGUGUGUUUUUUUCUCUUUAUCGGUUUCUCCCCCUCUCUCUCUCUCUCUCUCUCUCUCUCUCUCUCUCUCGUUUUUCUGAAUUGGAUGGAAUGGUCAACAAGUUCGAUUUCGAAGUCGCUGGGUUGAUUUGAAAUGACCUUUUAUCAUAAACACUUAACUCUCUAUCUCGUGCGUCCCGGAGAGUUUAAUACGAAAGUAAUACCUUCCGAAUGUCCAUGAUGAUGAUAAUAAUGAUGAUGAUGACGAUGGGAAAGUGUUUGUGUUUGUUUGGCCAUAGUAGCAGCAGCACUUGAAUCUCUGCGGGUGAUGGCUGCUCCAUAGAUCGUGUCAAUUUUAUUUUAUUCCGGUUUGGGAAGGCCCAGUUUAAACAAUCCAUACGGCCCGCUUUCGAAAAUGGCAUUUUUAAUUACAACGUUCAGUCGCAUGUAUUCUCGUUGGUUCGUCUAUUGGAUGGUACACCAUACUACGCUAUAAUGGGUCCUGCUAUCUCUCCAUUCAAAACUCAGCGCCGUAUCAUGCGUGAGAGAAAGAGAGAGAAAGAGAGAGAAAGAGAGAGAGAGAGAGAGAGAGAGAGAGAGUGAAUGACUGUCACACGUUAAACUGAGUCCACCUUAAAGAGCGUGUAUUUUGAACGGGUGUGCGUUGUAUGUGUUUUUGUCGUUUAUUAACAUUUAUCACAAAAUUAAAGAGAUGUUAAUUGAGGGGGUCAAUAAUAUCAGUGGGCGUAGCGACAACAAUUCAUACACUCUUUCUCUAUAUCAACACCAAACGAUCACUUGUCUCUUUUUCCCUUUCUCGUUUGUUCAGGACAUUUAAUGGCGUGUUUUUAUUUUUGUUUUUCUGUAGCUUCAUUAUGAGAUUUCCAAGAAUGAAUUAACCAAAAACCGAUCGGUGAAUCAUCAACUUAACCUUUUUUCAAGCAGUUGAAGAUGGUUCAAAAACCAAAAUCAAUCACACUUUUUGUUUUGCCGGGCAUCCAACAAAUUUUAAUUAUCCCAACUGUUAUCAAAUGAAUUGGCCUAUGAGUUGGUAUAUGAGUUCGUCAAUUUUAUUGUUUAAUUUUAAUCACUGUGUAUCAAUUGUGAGCUUUUCAACAGAGAGAGAGAGAGAGAGAGAGAGAGAGAAUUUUCAAUAUAAUUUUUUUUAUUUAGUAUAUCUGAUUUGUGCCUUGUUAAGUAUCAUCAGCGUGCUUUUUGCAAUGAUUCGAUAACUAAAUUUCCGCACACACAUGGAAAUAAUAUUAUUUUCAUUCAUUUACUUUUAUUAUUCCAUCAUAUAGCAGAAUCACUUAUUAUAUCACGAUUGUUUUUUUCGUUCAUUUUUUAUUUGGUGGCAAACCUUCCAUGGAAGCAUCAACGCGUAAUUCAUAAAAGAGAACGAAAUUCAGUUGGAUGAAAAAAAAAUUAAACAAUAACACUGGGAUUUAAACUGGACUUUUAAAUGUUGACUCGAAUCAUUCAUAUGUGCAGUUUUAAUAACAUUUCAGUGUUUGUUUUACAUUUAUUUUAUGAAAACCACUGGAUUGUUCCCAUUCAAAGAGAAUAAAUAAAAAGGAACAAUUGAUACGAGCAACAAAAAAUGAAUUCAACGAAAAAUAAAAAAAAUUAUCUUCAUUCUAACGGUUGUCUAAUAAAACGAGUCAAAACUUAAUCACAAGAAAUUCAAAGGUCAGCAUGCAAUUAUACCCAGCAAUUAGUCGAAUAAGAGCAAUACCAUUUAUGAAUCGGGUUUUUAAUUAUUAUGACUCGACAGAGAAAGAUUAAUUUAAAACAGUGGUAGUAACGACAAAUAGGUGCAUAAUAUCUCAAAGCGCCAAUCAAAUUUUUAUUAUCAAAUGUUGUUUAAAAAUUACAUUAAUUUUUCGUAUAAUAUUUUCUGUGUCUUGAACAGAAUUAAAGUGAUUUUAGAUUCAAUGCUUAUAUUUUUUAUUUAAUAACCAAAGGCAGUAUAUUUCAAAAAAGAAAUGAAACCAAGAUCUUAAAAAAUAUGAGCAUAAAAUUCAAAUUCACCAUAAUUUGUUUCAACACUCAAAAAGUAUCUAGACAAAAAAAAAGCAGAUUAGUAGCUCUACAUUUCAUGUAGUGCUAAAAAGGGCAGAAGAAAACGAAAGAGAGUGAAAGAGAGGUGAAGAGGGAGAGAGAGAAAGAGAGAGAGAGAAGGAGAGAGGAAAGGCAUAGAAAAAGAAGAAUAGAUAGUUGAUCGUUUUGAAAGAUGAGAAAAAAAAACGUAUUCUAAGUCCAUUUUCCCUUGGGAAAACCGCGGUUGAAAGCAUCGCUCAACACUGUCGACACAACAGUGAUCCGUCAUGGCUAUCACUUGCAAAUGGAAAUGGAAUAACCAUAGAUCGACAAAAGCAACGGGGUUUUAGUGGAUCUGUCAUUUUGAAAAAUACACCGAGUUGAUGAUCCUAUAUUCCAUGCCGGACGAAUGCUAAACUCCAGAUUGAAAUCAGAUAGUACUCCUUUGUGGGACAAUGCACAGCACUCACGUUUAUAUGCACACAUUCAUCCAAAGACAACGGUUCGUAUACACGACGCAAACACAACUGUGAAUGCAAGGAAGUGGAACCUCGAUUGAUAAUCUUUAAUUCAAGCAAACGCCAACUCAAAAAGUAAAUUUACAAAGAGAAUUCAACCAGAAAUGGACGUACUGAAAAGUCCAUUGCUAUUAAGAUUUUUCUAAAUAAAUGGAAAGUAUGACUCUCCAAUACACAAUCAAUGCUCGGUUUGCCGUUGAUUUUCCAUAUAAAACAAACGGUUCAAUUGCGUUGUCUUCGCCUGUGUUGCUGUUCUGUUGCGUAAGCGAGCGGAUGUGGUGGAAUCGAUGUGUGUGUUUGUGUCUCUGUGUGUCUCUCUCAGUGUGUGUAUGUGUGUGAAUGUUCGGAGCUGGUGUGCUUUUGCAUGCGGGCUGACAUCAAACCAUUCGCCGUCUUGGCAUCGUUCAAAUAGUGCGGCAACAUCGAAUUCAGUCCAGUCUGUGCUCAACAGCUUUCAAGUAAACAUCGAGUUUUCUGUGUACAAUCCAAGUCUCGAAUAAACCGAAAAAAUACCAGAAUUUACUAAAAUACUUAUAAAAAAAAAAUAAACCGAACAGUAAAUAAAUUCCAAGGAAGUUUUCCUAACAAACAAUUUUUUUUUCAUCAAUUUUUUUUUGUCGAUUUGUCUAAAUUCAAAUAAUUUUUUUGCCACUAUUUUAAAUCCAAGUGUUUUUUUGUUUAAAUCGUUAAAAAAAAAUUCUCUCUUAAAUAAUUGAAAAAGUAGUAAAAUUCCCGGGGCUGACUAUUCAAUUGAAGAAAAAUUAUGCAUAUUUUUUCUUUCAACCAAAAGACAAAGCGGCAAGAAAGCAAAUAUCGAAAUUAACAUAUCGCAAUGCUUGAGGUUGAUCAAUCGAUUGGUUAUCAAAGAGGUAGCUACAAAGUUCUGCUUUGCAGUCAGCAUCUUUCAAAAAUUAGAAAAAAAAUACUAUCGUUGAUUUGAGUCGCGUGAACAAAUCGAGAGAAGAAACAGAGAAAAAAAAAUUGGAGCAAAUUGAUGAAGAAUGCGGGCUACGACUUCCACUUAGAGGAACGAGCGCAUCAAAGGCUCGAUAACAGAAUGCAUGCAAAAAAAAAAAAGAACAACUGAUGGUCAAAACUAUGGGAGCAUAGGAAAAUGGGCUCAUUGCAUGUGUUCAUCGAGAUGAAAAGGCCAAAUAUCAAGCAGCGCAAACAUCGCUAACGAUUGCAUUGUUUUAUUGUAUCCAACCAGUAGCAGCACCACCGCCACCAUCAGCACCAAUCACAACAGACAUGGACAGCAAAAAGAUGCCAACCACUAUACAUUUUCUUCUUCGUUUCGUUGCCGAUUUGAAUCGUGUCGAAAAUCAUUACACCCAAAAGCAUCGGGUGCAUUUUUUCCCCCCCGCGUACACACCAUGCGACAACGUGUGCACCAUCCCGAUAUAGAUAUUGAAUGAGUUUGGUGAAUCAAACGAUGGCCGAUUUGGAUGUUGGACGAGUUCGGCAAAUCCUAAGCGAAGCGCUCGAUGUUUGGUCACGUGGAUCUCGUUUAACAUUCCAAGAAGUGUACAGCAAAGAUGCCGAUAUUCAAGUUUUAUUCGCACGGAGACAUCAUGGUGAUGGAUACGAUUUUGAUGGGCCAGGAUCGGUGCUAGCCCAUGCAUUUUAUCCAGGAACUGGUCGAGGCGGUGAUGCUCAUUUCGAUGAAGAGGAAAAAUGGAUUUUGUCUCCAAACGAGGGUGAUGGUACAAAUUUACUGGGUGUCGCAGUGCAUGAGUUUGGUCAUUCGUUGGGUUUGGGACAUUCAUCGGUUGAGAGUGCGAUAAUGUUUCCGUGGUAUCAUGGUUAUCAAAAGUACAAAGAAUUACCGGAAGACGAUCGUCUGGCGAUUCAGCAAAUUUAUGGAUCUCGUCAAAAGAUUUGGGGUGAUAAUCCAAGGCCACGUCUUACAACCAGCGCAUCAACAACGACCAGCACAACACCGCGUUCGUAUUAUCCCGAUCGAAGUCCAACGGAUCGUGAUCGUGACCGACAACGGGAACGUGACGAACGUGAACGACAGGAAGCAGAAAGGGACAGAGAGAGACAGCGGUUGGAGCGUGAACGACAACGACAGGAAUGGGAGCGAAAAGAAUGGGAACGACGAGCGAGUGAACGUGAGCAGCGGGAAAAAGAGAGACGACGACAAAAGGAACGUGAACAAAAGGAACGGGACGAACAGGAGAAAAGACGGCAACAAAGUGCUUGGGAACGCGAAGAGCGUGAACGUCAUCGAUAUGAUGGACAAAAUACACCAUCAACAACCAAUAAACCAUGGCAUCAUCACAAUCACCAUCCGAAAUACAAUAAAAAUGGCCAAAAUCAUCCGAAUAAAGAAAAACCCGACACCUGCAACACCAGCUACGAUGCCAUCACAAUAAUUCGCAACGAACUCUUCAUUUUCAAAGAUCGCUAUUUGUGGCGGAUCGGUGACAAUGGAUUGCAUAGCGGUUAUCCGCAUGAAAUCAAUCGUGUAUGGUCGCAAUUGCCAAGUAAUUUCACACACAUUGAUGCCGUCUAUGAGAAUAAACACAGGAAAAUUGUAUUUUUCAUGGGAAAAAUGUAUUACGUUUUCAAUUCAAAUAAAUUGGAGGAUGGUUACCCUAAAGCACUAACCACUCUCGGGUUGCCAGCAACAGUGGAUAAAAUCGAUGCCGUUCUGGUGUGGGGUCACAACAAUCGAACAUAUUUCUAUAGCGGAACCAUGUAUUGGAGAUUCGACGAAGAUAUUCAUCACGUGGAAUUAGAUUAUCCACGUGAUAUGUCAAUUUGGCGAGGUAUUGGUUACCACAUCGAUGCAGCCUUUCAAUAUAAAGACGGGAAAACGUAUUUCUUUAAAGGGAAAUCAUUUUGGCAAUUUAACGAUUCAAUAAUGCAUGUGACACGAAGUAGACCCGAUUCGUCAGCGGUACGAUGGAUGGGAUGUCCUCGAGUCACAUCAACCUAUUCCAAUGAGGUGUACGAUGAUGGAGAACAACGUAAAGAGCCGCUAGUUUAUUCGACAGCGACCAUGAACACCGUUGCCGCAAACAACGUCUACAUUCUACUCAUAUCAACCAUUUUUGUUCUAUGGCAUUUUUAAGUUCUCCCAAAAGCAGAUAAAAAUAAAACAACUCGAAAUUUGAAUGAAUCGCGCGAUCCCGAGCGUUCAAUGUGCCGCAUUGUGCUUAUCGAAAACAAAAAAACAUAACUUAGAUUUUAUCAAUUUCUCUCUAUCUGUGUCGUAUCCAUUAAGCAAUGUUUCUUUUAAUGCAAUAUUCGGACUGCUUUUUUAAUUAAUUAUUAUAUAUAUUAUAUUUUACGUGCAAAUAGCAAGUAAUUAAAGUAUACCAAUUUCCGUUACUUUUUUUUUCUCUUCUCUUUUUCGGUUUUUAAAUUAAAUUUUUUUUUAAAUUAACUUGAACUGACAAUCUUUUUCGAUCAACCGUUUAAUUUAAAAGAGACCGUUUAAAAGAAUGAACGAAAAAUCAAACAAAAUCGAACGAAACAACCGUAAUUUUCGUUAAUUGUAAAAUAUGUUUCCUUUUUUUUGGUAUUUAAAAUAUGUUCGCUAUUAAUUUUAUAUGUUAUAAGAGUCACACAUUCGGGCGAUUUAAGCUCAACACGUGUUUAUCGAAAGGUUCAUGCUUGAAUGCACAGUGUGCUUUAGAUAGUCAACCAUACUUAUACUGGAUUAUUUGGAAACGAACGAACUCAACCAUCUGUGCGUCUUCCACACACAAACACAUUCUAUCGAUAGAUAUAUAUAUACAUGGUUCGAUGAUAUAUAGAUAUAUGUAUAACGUAAUCGCAAUGAAAUAAGAGAGGAAAAUUUCAUAACUUCAUAACUAGCUAUAGUGAGAGAGAUUUUCUUUUUUCUCUUGGUUUUUUUUUUCUUCUCCUCUUCCAAUUUUGUGAACCAAUCACUUGAGCAACAGCAAAAAGCAAUAGCGAUCUAAUGAAUUUUGGUCAAAGUUUUAUAGUUUUCGAUUUUUCUUCUUGUUUUUUUUUUUGUCACACAUACAUUUAGUUUUCUUCGUCUUUUCUUUCCUUGUGGAAAAACUUCGUCGCAUUAAAAGUUUUUAUCCAAAUAAUCAGAGCGUGAAAUCUGUGAUAUAAUUUUAUAAAAAUAAAUACAAAUUUCAUUUGCUGAAAAAUAAAAA